GGGGCCGGCCCCAGCAUGGCGCGGCCGGGCUGCCUGUCCCGGCUCCAGCUGCUGGCGGCCGCCCUGGCCGCCUGCUGCGGGCUGGGGGCCGCCUCCCUCGCCCGCUGCCGGCCGGCGCGCCGCCUCCGCCGCUGCCUCGCCAAGGUGCUCAUGGCCCUGGCCGGGCCCCUGGUCUUCCGCAUCGGGUACAGCCUGUACGCCCGCACCAGGCUGGGCUACCUGUUCUACAGGCGGCAGAUGAAGAAAGCCCGGGAGCGGUAUCCACAUGGCCACUCGAUUCCCCAGCCUGUGAUGUUCAGCGGGGUAAAGAUCCUGCCGAUCCCCGUGCUAUCCAACAACUAUAGCUACCUGGUCAUCGACACCCACUCCAACGCUGCUGCUGCCAUUGACCCCUCAGACCCCCUGGCCGUGCAGGCAGCCAUCGAGAAGGAGGGGGUGACGCUGGAGGCCAUCCUGUGCACCCACAAACACUGGGAUCACAGCGGGGGGAACAUGGCGCUGAGACGGCGUUACGGCUCCUGCAGGGUGUAUGGCAGUGCCUGCGAUGCCAUCCCGGAGCUCACCAACCCCCUCUCGGAUAAGGAGACCGUCACCGUGGGACAGCUGCGCUUCAAGGCUCUCUUCACCCCGGGGCACACCGUGGGGCACAUGGUCUACGUGCUGGACGGGAAGCCCUUCGAGGGGCCGGCCUGCCUCUUCUCUGGAGACCUCCUCUUCCUCUCGGGCUGCGGGCGGAUAUUCGAGGGGACGCCGGAAACCAUGCUGACCUCUCUGGACACAGCUGCGGACCUGGCAGAGGACACGCUGCUCUGGCCAGGACACGAAUAUGCCCUGGACUGCCUGACGUUUGCCAGCCUGCUGGAGCUGGAGAACCCCGUGCUGGAGCAGAAGCUGCAGUGGGUGAAUCAGCAGCGGCUGGAGAAGAGGAGCACGUGCCCCUCCACCAUCGGCGAGGAGAAGGAAUACAACCCGUUCCUGCGGACCCACUGCCGGGAGCUGCACCGGGCCCUGGGGCUGCAGCGGCUGAGUGGCGAGGACUGGGACAGCUUCCGGGCGCGGGUGCUGAAGGAGGUGCGGUGCCGCAAGGACGUCUACAAGGCCAAGUAGCCCCCUGGCAGGGCGACGGGAGGGCUCUGCCCCAUGAGCAGCCUCCCGAAGGCGCGUGACCUUCCCUGUUGGGGUGGGGAGUGUCUGGCUGGGAAAGGGUCUCACCCCCUCAGAGCGAUGGGGCGGGUUCGUGAGCCGGGAACGCCUCCUCCCUGUGGAUAAAGGCGGGUUCAGCUGGCAUCCCCCCCAUCCUGCCCCGCCCUGCUGUCUCAAGAGGGCUCGUCUCCAGACAAAGUGGAUCCUUGCUGGUGGACAGAAGAAUGGGGGGCAGGUGGUAAAAUCCAGGAUGACACCCCCCCCCCAACCCACCCCCAGGAGGCGUCUGACUCCACAUGGUGCCAGCAUGCUGCUGACCUCUGAUUGCCGCUGGCUGCUGGGGAUGAAUAGCUAGGGGGCGGGAGCGGGGCGUUGGCAAGGGUGCCCGGGAAAGCUUUUCCAGGGAGCAGGGCUGUGACUUUGUUUCUCUGGGGGACCGGACUGUGGCUGGUGGAAGUGCAGGCCCAGGGGUUAGCCUGUGAAGUGCACAUGGUCUCUCCAGUACAGGCUCGCAGCCUGAGGAAAUGCAGAUCCCUCACGCAGUGCCCGGUCCCGAGCCAAGCUGGCAGCCCAGCGUGUGGGGAGGGGCGCUGCCCGAGGCGGCAUCGGGGACAGCGCCGCGACUGGUCUGUCGGUUAUCUCCUCUGCGUCCUGUCCCAGCCGGCCCCGCUUUCGGGGCCCCGCUGACUCCUCCGUGAGCUCACGCCCGCCCCCGCCCGCUGGCUGGGAGAGACCAGGAUGAACCACGACAAAAGCACCAGCCGGGGGCGCCGCUGCACGGACUCCAGCUCUGAUAUUGGACGGAAACACACACACACACACACACACACACACACACGGCGCUGAACGUUCCUGGCAGCCGCCUUCUCCCUGCAGCACGGGGACGGGCACAGCCGUGCUGGCAGGGAUCAAGGAUGAAGCUGUGCCAUUGGCCUGCCCCCCCGGCCGGCUGGUGGCUUCCCUUCAGGUCUGUGUGUUAACUUUGGUGGUGGUGGUGGUGGUUCCCCGAUUGAAGCAAGACCUGCUCCAUGCAACUGGGGUGUGGGGAGUGUGUGUGUGUGGAGGGGGGUGGAGUGUGUCUGUGUUUUGGGGGUUACGUCCUAAAGGAUUUUCUGGUCCCCAGUCCAAGCACAAGGAUCCUGUGAGUUUAUAGCACAGCUCGCCAGCCUGGUGAUGGUUCUACGCCUGCCCCCUUUGCUCUGGAGGUCGUUGGGGGCUGGGAGAAACACACCCCUCCCUUCAGAGCCCACGGGGGCCCCUUCGGAACCACGCCAAACCCCUGGGGCAGAGCAGCCUGCCUCCUUAGCAGCCCCAGCUGAGGGAGCAAGAAACCUGCCUUGCAUUCGAACCCAGCCUGCAGGCCCCAGUGGCUUUAAAUCAGGGCCGAGUGUGAAACGUUCCCUGGGAAACUUCAAACCCUCGCCCGUUGAGGGUUUUGCAUUUUGAUCGAACUUGUGAUGGUGAAUCCAUUUAGGGCCAUGAGACCCAGCCUGCUUCCUCCCCCUGACUGCGCCCAUUUGCCCUUCUCGGAAGACGAGAAUGCAGGGGUGUCCAGCCCCAUUGCAAAGGCAGUGAAUUUUAAAACCCCUGUAAGGAAACUAACCUGUGAAAUUUGCUGCUGGGAGAUCACCGUGAAACCAAGAGCUUAGCAGGGUGGAUGGCCAAGGGUCAGCCAUUCCUGGGGCUGAGAACAGCCACAAUUACACGGGGUGGGGCACAAUGCUGGGUCUCUCAGGCCAUGAGCCAACCUCAAGCUGCCGGGGUUAGGGGAAACUUCCUCCAAGCGCACAUUGUCCCCAAAUUUUCCACUGGGGGAGUUCUUCCUUCUUCUGAAGCAGCUGGUCCUGGUGACUGUUAGAGACAGGAUACCGGGCUUGGGCAACCAGAGUGGAAACUAGUGUGGAUGCUUGCUUAGGGUGAAAUUGUGGGCCCAUUGGAAUCUGUUAUCAUUGGCUUCAGUGGGGCCAGGCCUCCAUGGUCCCCUUGUUUACGAUGGACCCCAAAAAGGGAUCCAUCUAGUAAACCAAACCUCUUCAGAGGGGAAGGGCCAGAAAAGAACCAAGGAAAUCUAACCUGCAAUGUUCUUAUCCGUAUAAAUGUCUGACCCUGUAUUGAAUCCUGGAAAGCUCUUGGUCUCGAUGCUGUCUUGUGGCAAUGAGUUCCACUGGCUACAUAGAUCAAAGGAAAUACUUUUUCGCACAAUGCACCGGGUUACAUUUGCUGCCCUUCACUUUCAAUGAACGCAAUGUAUAAGAGGAUGCACAAGGGUUUUGUAUUAGGAGAGAAUGGGCGGUGUUCAACAAGUGGGGGUGAAUUCACCUUUCAUCCAGGGAACAAAGAGCACCCCCCGCUUAGCAUUUGGAUAGACAGGCCCAGGGCCUAGUUAUAAACAACUCUGUCCCCAUGGAGGCUGCAGUGGGGGAUAAAUGUUUGCAGACACAUGCUUUUAAGUGUGCAGCGCAUGAUGGAGGUUGGUUGAUUGCAGGGGUGUUUCUCUGUAGAGGGGCUGGAAAAGGGGAGUUUAAGGUGGAUUUAGUGCAUUGAACUGACCUGGUUAUUUGAAAAGCCACAUCGUAGGGGCUGGAGGGGCAACGCCAGCGGGUGAGGGGACAGGACGUUUCGGGGCUUGGAGGUUCUCAUUAAUGUCAGAUGUUACCAAUAGCUCACUCUCCCUGUCUGCAAGUGGGGAGGUAGCUAAGUCAGGUGAGUGGAGGACAGAGAGCCAGGAGGGAUAGCUCAGUGGUUCGAGCAUUGGCUUGCUAAACCCAGGGUUGUGAGUUCAAUCCUUGAGGGGGUCAUUUAGGGAUCUGGGGCAAAAAUUGGGGACUGGUCCUGCUUUGAGCAGGGGGUUGGACUAGAUGACCUCCUGAGGUCCCUUCCAACCCAUUCUCUGGGUUCUAUUCCUGGCUCUGGGGUCUAGUAGUUAGAGGAGGGGGUUGAGGGACUGGGAGUCAAGACUCCUGGGUUCUAUUCCUGGCUUUACCAUUGAUUCCCUGUAGAGCUAGUCACUUCCCACUUCGGUACCUCAGUUUUCCCCACCGCUGAAAUCAUGACCCUACUUCCCAGUCUCCCAGGGAAGUCACGAGUUCAUGACUCCGUGUGAAGGGUUUUGGAGAUGUAAAAGCCCUACGCUCUGUAAGCACUAAGCGGAGCUGGGUCAGGAUGUGGGUUUCUCCAUUGGGUUCUGGUGACUCUACCUUUGCUCUUGGGGUUUAUAUCGUUAUCGACACUCCCUUGAUAAAAAUGCAGCCACAUCGGGGAGGGAAACAUGGUCUAGUGGCCAGAGGACAGGACAGUGGGGUUCCUUUCCCAGGUCUUGCUGGGUGACCUUGGACAGGUCGCAGCACUUUGUGCCUCAGUUUCCCCAUCCGUGAAAUAGGGCAACUACCUCCUGACAGUGGUUGUGGGGCUCCCUGUGGGCUGGGCAGCGCCGCAGAAGCACAGUGUUAGAGAUGAUACACUAGGUCAGGAUUUAUUCAGUCUGUUUUUUUCCCCCCCUCCCUUUCUCUUAUGCUUGGAAAUAGAUCGCCACUAACGAUUCCAAACUGUGAGGCUUAGCUGAGCCAGGCAGCACUGGAGACAGCGGGUGUGGAGUAGGUCAGGAGGCAGGUUUCAGCUGACCCCCUUUGCUCCCGGCGCUCGGAGAUGGGCUGGGAUUGUGACGCCUCUUGUAUUCAGUGUUCAGUGUUCGCUGUGGAUUGUAAAAAUGCCAGUAAAGCAACCCUUCAGUUUUA